AAAGAUUGAAUCUUUUUCAAUAAAAAAUUGUCAAAAAAGUCGCCAAUCUUCCCAAUGCCACAACCUCACCACUUCAAUGACUAUGGCUUUGAUCCCCAAAUCCAUCAUUUUCAGGUUUUGGAAGGAUCAAGGAAGCACAAGAAAGAGACGACAAGCACCGUUGAUGGUGUUGUACAGUUCAAGCUUCAAAAACCGUUUUCAGAAGACUACCAAAGCAAUCGACAGAAGGCUAAAACGAAGAGGUAUUGGUGGAGAAAUGCUCUCUUUUUCUUCGGCAGGAAGAAACGGGUUCCCAGUGGUGAAAGGAACCAACUUGAUGAUGAUCGAGUGAGUGCUAAAGCUUCGAGGGGUUUGAUUUUGGGACCUCUUUACAUGACCGAGAGAGGCGGGAGUGGCUCGACAACCCCGUGUCGACCCACUAGCCAGUCGCAUUCCGGCCCUUUAGCCGGAAUCUCGACUCCUUAUGUUAGUCUCAAGGAACUUAACAUGGAGCAACAACCAUACAGGGUUUCUACAUCUUCAUUGCCCAUAUAUUUUGUCACUUAAAACCCA